AUGACUGGUAUCGUUGACGAAGAAAUACAAAAGAUUGAUGCUUUGUUGGCUGCAUGUUACAUCUCUCAAUAUGAAUAUGAUACAAGAAAGAAGGAUAUCUUGGCUCAACAUCAUGCCAAUAUUGAUCCAACCAACAAAUACUCUGCUCAACAACCUUCCAACGAUGACCAAUCGGAAGAGUAUGAUGUAUCCUUUACAGACGAUGACAAUCGUACCUAUAACGUUGAUAACAGUUACAAUAACAGUAAUAGUAGUUACUUUAACGAUAACGCACCAUCUGGUUUCACCAACAAUGAUGAUUAUUCAAACUAUUAUGGAUCUACUACCUAUGGUGGUAGCACCUACAACCCUUCUACUUACUCUACUCCAACCCCAACUCCAACGCCAAUGGAAGAAGAAGAAAAGGAAAUUCCAGUAUUAACUCAUGAUUUUGAAAAGAAUCUUGAUUUAGAUGAUAAUUAUAAUAACAAUAACAAUAACAAUAAUAAUUAUAAUACUAAAGUUGCUGCUAAAACUGCUCCAAAGAAUAAUAAUAAUAAUAAUAAUAAUAAUAAAAGAAAUAAUAAUAAUACUAAUAAUAAUAAUAAUAAAUCAACUACCACAACAACCACCAAUAAUAAUAAUAAUAAUGCACCAACAUUCUUAUCAAUGUUUACCAAUCCAAAACCAGUUGCAGCUGAACCAAAACCAGUUGCAGCUGAAGCACCAACAUUCUUAUCAAUGUUUAUGAAUUCAAAACCAGCAGCAGCUGCUCAACCAAAACCAGUUGUUGUUGCGCCUGCUGUUGUAUCAAAAAAUUAUGAAACAACUACAAUUUAUAAUAAUGGAAAGAGUAUUGUAUUUAAAGCCAAUGCUCCAGAUAGUACUUUACAAGUUGAUUUAUCAAAUUGGACCAAGGAAAGAGAUAACAAUGGACGUCCAACCGAACUAUUUGGUCAAGCAAUGAUAAAUCAAAAAAACAUUUGGAAAAAUGAACAAAUACAAUUAUUAUCAAAAUUGGAUAAAACCAACAGAGUAAAAAAACUACCAAAUGGACAAUUGAAUAUAAAGUAUGUGGCAGGUUCUGAUAUCUCGUUUGCCAAGGGAAACAAGAUUGAUGCUUGUGCAUCCAUUGUCGUCAUGGAAUACCCAUCUCUCAAAGUUGUAUACGAGUCUUACAAGAUGAUCAAACUCACUCAACCAUAUAUUGCAGGUUACCUUGCCAUGAGAGAAGUGGAUCAUCUCGUUGCAUUGUGGCAGAGUCUAAAGAGAACACAUCCACAAUUUACACCAGAUAUUAUGGUGGUUGACGGUAAUGGAGUCAAUCAUAUGAGAGGUAUGGGGUUGGCCUGUCACCUCGGUAUUCUCAUUGAUUGUCCAACUUUGGGUGUUGCCAAAAACCUCUUAGUAUGCCACGGUAUCACCGAAGAGUACUUGGACGAACAAUUUGACUAUGCAACUCUAGGAGAAGCAGUCCAAAUGAAAAGUGACCAAACCAACGAACUCUUAGGUUACUGUACAUACAACAAUGAAAAUGAACGUUUGUACAUUUCACCCGGUCAUAAAAUCGAUGCUUACACUGCUCUCCAAGUUUACGAACAAACCACCAAGACCCACAACCUCCCAGAACCAACCUACAUUGCAGAUCACUACUCUCGUGAAUUCCUUCGUAUUUAUUAUAAACUUUUUAAAGCAUAA